AUGAAGCUCUCAGCUGCCAUUCUCAGCUUUGCAUGGUGCUCUGCAGUAGCAGUCGCGAAGCCAUUGCUUGACCAGAAGCCUCUCAACGUAGACGGCCGAUUUGACCUGAUCCAGCAACUGAAGAAGGCUGAGAUCAUUCCAACCGUUCUGGACGCGUUCCAUCCAUUCCUUACGAUUUCCAUCUCAUGGAAGAAGGCCGACGUCGACGUGGGCAACACCAUCAAGCCCAAGAAAGUCAAGAAUACACCAGACGUGCAGCUCAUCGAUGACUUACCGGAAUUGAAGAGGACGCUCCCGCAGCUUACCCUCGCCUUGACUGACCCCGAUGCGAAAAGCAGAGAUGAUCCGGUCUGGAGCGAGAUGUGCCACUGGAUUGCUACAGGCAUUCCAUUAACAUCCGACGGAACGAUUGACACGUCUCAAGACUUCAAGGAGGUUGUUCCCUAUAAAGCACCUGCUCCGCCCAAGAAGACUGGCAAGCACAGAUACGUGUUCGUAGCACUGACUCCUAAGAACGGAACCCACGAGCCAUUGAAUCUCACUGCGCCUGCUGAUCGCCAGCAUUGGGGUUAUGGAAAGGAGAGGAUGGGCGUUCGUCAGUGGGCGGAGGACAAUGGUUUGGCUGUUAUUGGAGCAAACUUCUUCUAUGCGCAGCAUAAGAAGCAGUGA